AUGAAAUCUCAUUCAUUAAAACAAUUAUUUGUACCGGUGACAAAUCAAGUAUAUAAAAAUUCAAAUAUUCUAAAAAAUCCAAUUAAUUAUAUUAAAAAUAAUUGUAUACCAUCAAAUAAAUGUGCUCGAUCAUAUAUAAAUAGACUUUUUCCAUUUAUAACAUGGCUUCAAUUUUAUGAUAUUGGAUGGUUACCAAGUGAUAUAUUAUGUGGUGUUACUGUAUCUAUAAUAUAUAUAUCACAAGGAAUGGCCUAUGCUUUAUUGGCUAAUGUUCCAGCUAUUAUUGGUUUAUAUAUGUCAUUCUUUCCACCUUUAAUUUAUGCAUUAUUUGGUACGUCAAGACAUGUUUCGAUAGGUGGUAUUGCUGUUAUUAGUCUUAUGACUGGUAAUGUCAUCAAUAGUUUUAAUAUUGAAUCAGGAUUAAUAACUGUUCAUAAAAAUGUAACAUAUGAUAGUCUUCAAACAACUUAUGAUGAAGUAACUAUUGCAAUGGGACUUUCAUUUACUGUUGGAUUAUUACAAUUAAUACUUAGUAUAUUUCAACUUGGAUUUGUAACAUUAUUCUUAUCAGAUACAUUUAUAAGUGGUUAUACAGCAUCAACUGCUGUACUCGUUCUAACAUCUCAAAUACCAGAUUUAUUCGGUAUUAAAAUUCAACGUCGUACAGGUUUUUUCAAAAUAGUUUAUAUCUAUAUUGAAUUAUUUAAACGUUUACGAGAAACUAAUAUUGUUACAUUGUUUAUAUCAAUAAGUGCUAUUAUUACAAUAUAUACAGUAAAAGAAUAUCUUGAACCAUUAUAUAAACGAUUGAUAAAACGAUGGAAAAUAUUUCGUAAAGUUCAAAUACCUAUUCCAAUAGAAUUAAUUGUUAUUAUAAUUGGUACAAUUUUAUCAUAUACACUUCAUCUUGAUAGUCGAUAUAACGUUAAGACAAUAAAAACAAUUGGAAAAGGUUUUCGUGCGCCUCAAUGGCAUGAAUGGAAAUUGUUGCCUAUUUUAGUGAAAGAAUCAAUACCAAUCGCUAUUGUUUCCUAUACAAUAUCAUAUUCGCUUGCAAAAAAUUAUGCCAAGCAACUUAAUUAUGUUGUUGAUGCUAAUCGAGAAUUAUCUGCCUAUGGACUGUGUAAUGCAUGUCUUGUAGCCAUUAUAAUUGUUUCACUUCGAAAUUUAUUAAUGAAAGUGACAGAUAUAUUGACAAUUGGACGUGUAACUAAACUCGAAGCAAUUGUUUGGAUAUCGACAUUUGUCAGUACAAUUAUUCUUGAUGUUGAUUAUGGACUUAUUGUUGGUAUAUUUGUUUCAUUCAUUGUCGUUAUACUUUACCAUUUCAGACCUCGGACAUUUGUGCUUGGUGUUUUAGAGGAUAAUCAAGUACAUAGACUGUCACAAGAUUAUUCAAACGCUCGUGAAUUUACAAAUAUAAAAAUGUUACGUUUUGAAGCGCCUGUUAUGUAUUUUAAUGGUGAAUAUUUUAAUGAUAGCAUUUUAAAAGCACUUGAAGAUAAAUCGAAAACAAAUAAAGAAAAGAUAGAUUCAUCUAGUGAGAGAUUCAUUCAAUAUGAUCAAAAUGAAAUGCAUGUUAUCAUUGAUUGUUCAGCUAUUAGUCAAAUUGAUUAUUCUGGUGGAAAAAUUUUUAUUCAAACAAUUAAAGAACUCAAUGAUAGAAAAUAUCAAGUUUAUUUGUGCAAUUUACCAUACUAUGAAUGGGAAACAUUACAAAAUUUGGGCAUAAGUAAAAUAUGUUCAGUGACAAUAAUGGCAACAAUAUCCGAUGCUAUUCAAAAAAUUCAAGACGAACAGCAACAAACUAUUGAUCAAAUAGAUGCUUUAUUACCUUCGACUAAUCAUAUUAACGUUUAA